AUGGGGACCGUUGGAGUGAUACUGAAUAGGCUUCACGGUACUGAAUGUAAGGACGAGCUUCGUUCCGUUGUUGAGCGAUGCUUGCCUUACUUAGGAUCCAAUGAGGGGGUCCUUGAUAUUAUUUUACUUGAUCCAUUUAAAUCAUCAGAAUUACUUGAAUCUACGCUGGUGAAGCUAUACAAUAUUAUAAGACAGGUUCUACUUAAAAAAGACUUCUAUGCAGCUGGAAUAAAUGUAAUAUUUAACAGGCCACUAGAUAAGCUUACGUCUUUGAAAUGGGAUGUCAUAUUUUUAAGUGAUCCAACAUUGAUGGAGAUUUUUCAAUGCGAAAAGAAAGAACUAUUUAUUCUACCACCCUCGAGUUCGGAGGACAAAGACCUUAGACAUGAUGCUGAAAGGUAUUCAGUAUGUGCGUUAGGUGGUACGUUUGAUCAUUUACAUGAUGGUCACAAAAUUUUACUAAGCAUGUCCACAUUUUUGACUUCCAGUAAAUUAAUUGUUGGGGUGACUGAUCAACCCCUAUUAAGGAAUAAAAAGUACCCGGAACUACUGGAAUCUUACGAUAAAAGAUGUGAGAAGGUUAUUGAGUUCUUAAACAGGUUGAAAGAUUCGUUGCAGAUCAAGUUGUUCCCUCUUCAUGAUACUUGUGGACCUACUGGAACUGAGCCUGACAUCGAGGCUCUUGUUGUUAGCAGGGAAACAGUAUCUGGAGGUGAAUUCAUUAACAAAACGCGAAAUGAAAGGCAUUUACCUCUCCUAGAUCUAUAUGUUGUAAACGUCUUGGGGGGUGAUGAAUCAAACGGUUGGAGGGAGAAGUUAAGCAGUACUGAAAUAAGAAGACGUCUCCUAUACAAUUGA